AUGGAAUUAGUCAGGCAAUUAGCCGGUCUUUCUGUGUCACAUAUUCGACAAUUUCGUGAUGAUGAUUCAUAUGUUGAUCGACUCAGUCAUCGUUAUACAACAGCAUUAUGUGUCGUUUUUGCUAUUUUAAUUACGACCAAACAAUAUGCCGGCGAUCCAAUCGAUUGUUGGGUACCAGCUCAAUUCAAACCAUCUUAUGAAGCAUAUACAGAUAGUUAUUGUUGGAUUGCUAAUACAUAUUAUAUUCCAAUUGAUCAAGAUUUACCUGAUGAUGAAAUAGGUCGACGAGAUAAAGAUAUUCUUUAUUAUCAAUGGGUACCGUUCAUAUUACUUUUUCAAGCUUUUUUAUUUUAUUUUCCUCGUAUUGUUUGGCGUACAUUGAAUGUUCGAUCAGGUCUUGAUUUAAUAAAUCUAGUCGAUGCAGCUAUUAAAUACGAACAAGUAGAACAGUAUGAAUCUCGAGAACGUAUAAUGAGUUAUUUACUUAUCAAUAUUGAACGUUAUAUAUCAGCACGUGCUCAAUUAACUCGUCGUCAUAUUGAAAAACGUGUUUCAUGUAUUCGUCGAUUUUUUCAAUUAUUUUUCUUUUGUUCAAAUCGAUAUUAUGGAAAUUAUCUUGUUAUUAUCUAUUUUAUUGUCAAAUUAAUGUGGCUUGUUAAUGCCUUAGGACAACUAUUUUUAUUAAAUGCAUUUUUAGGCAAUGAUUAUUAUUUAUUUGGUUUUGAAGUUAUUGAAAAAUUAUUUAAAAAUCAACGUUGGACAGAAAAUAAACAUUUUCCUAAAGUGACAUAUUGUGAUUUUAAAAUUCGAGAAAUUGGUAUUAAUCAUUUCUAUACUGUACAAUGUGUAUUAAGAAUUAAUUUAUUUAAUGAAGUUAUUUUUAUUAUUCAAUGGUUUUGGCUUAUAUCAAUUUGUGCUGCAACUUUAUAUGAUUUUUUACUUUGGUUAUAUCAUUGUACUGUACCACGUGAAAAAGUUAAUUUUAUAAAACGUCAUCUUGGUAUAAUGUCAUCCUAUAAUCCUCAAGAAGAACGUCAACAAGCACGUGAAUUUGUCCUACAUUAUUUAAAAGACGAUGGAGUUUUUUUGACACGUUUACUUUCAUUAAAUAGUAGCGAUCUUGUUGUAACAGAAAUAAUCAAUCAAUUAUGGAUACGUUAUAAAACUGCUAAUAGACUUUAUUCAACGGUUAAUCCUCAACGUCAUAAUAAUACCAAUACUACUAUUCCGAUUACUCAAAUAACAAAUAAUGAAACUAAUACAAAUACGAGUAUAUUACAACCACAUAUAAAUCAUCAAAAUGGUAAUACAAAUCAUCGACAAAGACCAUCACGCAUUCCACCACCACCUCUAGCUGCUUAUAUAAAUCAACAACAACUACAACAACAACAACAAAUGAAAAAAGAAAAAUCAGAAAACAAAUCAUCGAAAGAUACAGAUGUUUGA